AUGGCACGCUUAACAAAAAGACGGCAGGCGGACACAAAAGCUAUCCAGCACCUUUGGGCAGCCAUUGAGAUUAUACGGAAUCAGAAGCAAAUUGCCAACAUUGACCGUAUUACAAAGUACAUGUCUCGAGUCCACGGUAUGCAUCCAAAGGAGACCACUCGUCAGUUGAGCUUGGCUGUGAAAGAUGGUCUCAUUGUGGAGACGCUGACAGUGGGCUGCAAAGGCUCCAAAGCUGGUAUCGAACAGGAAGGAUAUUGGUUACCAGGCGACGAAAUUGACUGGGAAACAGAAAAUCAUGACUGGUAUUGUUUUGAAUGCCAUUUGCCUGGAGAGGUGUUGAUAUGUGACCUGUGUUUUCGUGUGUAUCAUUCCAAGUGUUUGUCUGAUGAGUACAGGCUUAGAGACAGCAGUAGUCACUGGCAGUGCCCAGUUUGCAGGAGCAUCAAGAAGAAAAACACCAACAAGCAGGAGAUGAGCACGUACCUCAGGUUCAUCGUCUCCCGCAUGAAGGAGAGGGCUAUUGACCUUAAUAAAAAGGGGAAGGACAACAAACACCCCAUGUACCGGCGACUGGUGCACUCGGCGGUGGAUGUCCCUGCCAUACAGGAGAAAGUGAACGAAGGGAAAUACCGAAGUUACGAAGAGUUCAAAGCUGACGCUCAGUUGCUUCUCCACAACACAGUCAUUUUCUAUGGAGCAGACAGUGAGCAAGCUGACAUAGCACGGAUGCUCUAUAAAGACACCUGUCAUGAGUUGGAUGAACUACAGCUUUGUAAGAAUUGCUUCUAUUUAUCAAAUGCUCGUCCUGACAAUUGGUUCUGCUAUCCUUGUAUACCUAAUCAUGAGCUGGUUUGGGCUAAAAUGAAAGGUUUUGGAUUCUGGCCGGCCAAAGUCAUGCAGAAAGAGGACAAUCAGGUUGAUGUCCGCUUCUUCGGUCACCAUCACCAGAGGGCCUGGAUUCCUUCUGAAAACAUACAGGACAUCACAGUCAAUGUUCACCGGCUGCAUGUUAAGCGCAGUAUGGGCUGGAAGAAGGCUUGUGACGAACUGGAGCUGCACCAGCGCUUCCUCCGCGAAGGGAGGUUUUGGAAGUCCAAGAAUGAGGAUCGAGGGGAGGAGGAGGCAGAGUCCAGCAUCUCCUCCACCAGCAAUGAGCAGCUAAAGGUCACUCAAGAACCAAGAGCAAAGAAAGGACGACGUAAUCAAAGUGUGGAACCCAAAAAAGAAGAACCAGAGCCUGAAACGGAAGCUGUAAGUUCCAGCCAGGAAAUCCCCACUAUGCCUCAGCCAAUUGAAAAAGUUUCUGUGUCAACUCAGACAAAGAAGUUAAGUGCCUCUUCCCCAAGAAUGCUGCAUCGAAGCACCCAGACCACCAGUGAUGGAGUGUGUCAAAGCAUGUGCCAUGACAAGUACACCAAAAUUUUCAAUGACUUUAAAGACCGAAUGAAGUCUGAUCACAAGCGAGAAACUGAAAGAGUUGUACGAGAAGCUUUAGAAAAGCUGCGUUCUGAAAUGGAAGAAGAAAAAAGACAAGCUGUAAAUAAAGCUGUAGCCAAUAUGCAGGGUGAGAUGGACAGAAAAUGUAAGCAAGUAAAGGAAAAGUGUAAAGAAGAAUUUGUAGAGGAAAUCAAGAAGCUAGCAACACAGCACAAACAACUAAUUUCUCAGACCAAGAAGAAGCAGUGGUGCUACAACUGUGAGGAGGAGGCCAUGUACCACUGCUGCUGGAACACAUCAUACUGCUCCAUCAAGUGUCAGCAGGAGCACUGGCAUGCGGAGCACAAGCGCACCUGUCGCCGGAAAAGAUGA